GCUCUCUGUAUAAAUUGUUCACUCAUCACUUCUACUUAUCACGCUACACUAGUUGAAAAUUUUAGAUUUUAUUGUUCACAUUCUAGAUAUGAGUCGAAGUCAUUAUGAAUUUUUGAAUUUCUCUUUGCCUUUCAUGUUUUGCCUGGUUCCUCUUGUGUGUAGUCAACUUGAUUAUAAAUUUUAUGAUUACACAUGUCCCAACCUGACCAAAAUUGUCAGAUAUGGUGUCUGGUCAGCCAUAGCGAAUGAUACUAGGAUGCCCGCCUCUCUCCUGCGCCUGCAAUUCCAUGACUGUUUCGUUAAUGGGUGUGAAGGGUCGGUAUUACUAGAUGGUGGGGAGAAGAAUGCAUUGCCGAACAUGAAUUCAGCCAGAGGUUUCGAAGUCAUUGAUGCCAUAAAGGCUAAUGUGGAGAAAGCUUGCCCAUCAACUGUUUCUUGUGCUGAUAUAUUAGCUCUUGCAGCAAGAGAGGGUGUCUUUCUUCAAGGAGGGCCUUAUUGGUCAGUGCCCUUGGGACGUCGAGAUGGCUUAACUACGAGUGAGAGUGCGGCUAACACAGAGCUCCCAUCGCCUUUUGAGCCCUUGGCAAACAUUACUGCAAAGUUUGCUUCAAAGGGUCUUGACAUGAAUGAUGUGGUUGUGCUCUCAGGUGCACACACUAUAGGCUUUGCUCAGUGCUUCACAUUCAAGCCAAGGCUCUUUGAUUUCGAUGGAUCGGGUAAUCCUGAUCCAACGCUCGAUGCGUCGCUUCUGAGCAGCUUGAGGAGUGUGUGCCCGAAUCAAGAUUCUUCGGACUCGAACUUGGCUCCAUUGGAUCCUGUUUCUAGUGCUAAGUUCGACAACAUCUAUUUCAAGAACCUUUUGAACAAAUCCGGGGUUCUGCAGUCAGACCAAGCUCUUAUGGGGGACAAUAGGACUGCUGCAAUGGUUCUCAAUUACAGCAAGUACCCUUUCUUGUUCACGAGGGAUUUCGGAGCAUCAAUGGUGAAGCUAAGCAGCGUCGGUGUGCUUACAGGGAAAGAUGGGCAGAUUAGGCAGAAUUGUAGGGUGGUGAACUAGAAAUCUAUGUACCCAACUGUAUGUAAUCUUGGAAAGGGCUUGAAAAGCUUAGGAUGGAACUAAUGCAGGUUUGUAACAUCAAAGCAAGUCUUGUGAAUCUCUCUGAUGCAUAAAUAAUAUAGUCUUGGACAAUGAACUUUGGGAGCUUUUCAA